GCAGUGGGAGGGCGGCUCUGAAUGACGCAGUGGCCGCGCUCUCCGGGUCUCAGUGUUGAGUUGUGUGUGUCUCUGUCGCUGCAUUGACGCCUCUCUCUCUCUCUCUCUCGCUAUGGGGACUCGGCUCUGCUGCACUCGUCACGGUGAACCGCGAUGCUGGUGAUAUAGCUAACCUUCAGUGGAUCUUCAAAGUUGCCAGACUGGGAUGAUCAGCAAUCUUCUGAAAUAUUGAAACGUGUUUCAGUGUGGACAUCUGCAUUUUUACCUCUUAAGUACGAGAUGGGUAAUGGACUCUCAGAUCAAACUCCUAUUUUGUCAAACUUCCCUUCUUUCCAAUCUCUCCACAUUGCUAUUCUGGGCCUAGACUGCGCUGGCAAAACAACAGUUUUGUACAGAUUACAAUUUAAUGAAUUUGUCAACACUGUACCAACAAAAGGAUUUAAUACAGAAAAGAUCAAAGUGACUUUAGGCAACUCAAAAGCUGUGACUUUCCACUUUUGGGAUGUUGGUGGUCAGGAGAAGCUGAGACCACUUUGGAAAUCUUACACUCGCUGCACCGAUGGCAUCGUCUUUGUGGUUGACUCGGUGGAUGUUGAAAGAAUGGAAGAAGCCAAAACUGAAUUGCAUAAAAUAACAAGGAUCUCCGAGAACCAAGGUGUGCCUGUGCUUUUGAUUGCAAACAAACAGGAUUUAAGGAACUGCCUUUCUCUUUCUGAAGUGGAAAAACUGUUAGCAUUAAAUGAAUUGGGUUCCUCCACCCCAUGGCAUCUCCAACCUACGUGUGCCAUCAUAGGUGAUGGGCUUAGAGAGGGACUGGAAAAACUGUAUGAAAUGAUCAUAAAGAGGAGGAAGAUGUUGAAGCAGCAGAAAAAGAAGAGAUGAGUUUCCAAAGGCAGCUGACAAUUCUUAGUAUUUUUAAGAGCCAAGCUAUUUCUACUCUGGUCUGUAAUACUUUUGACAAAAAGAUUUGCGUUUUAAAAAAAAUGUACAACUAGUGAGACGUAAGGCACAAUGUGCUUUUGAGAUCAAAGUGGAUGGGUUGGUGGAGGAGGUGGAUAUGAUUUAUGAAGAAAAGUUAUACCAGCAUAAAACUGGUGACAUCUUUUUUAUAGUUUGACUCACCAAACUAUAUUUAAAGUUCAACUGAUUUAGUAUUUUGUUUCAUACCCUUUAGCCUUCUUACAAUGUUCUGUUAUUUUAAGUGUGUAUUAUGUAAGCCAUAUGUGUCCCUUUUUUAAGGCCUCAAAAACCUGUUACAGUAAAACAUUUGUUAUUUUUAGGUCAGUUGGGCACCAAAAUAUGCAUGAGAACCAUUGCAAUACAAGGCAUAUUUCCCAAUAGUACUGUAGUUGGAAGAAAUGGCUGCUAUAGAUUGUAUAGUUUGAAGAGAUUAUAUACUUUUCUGUAAUGGCGUAAUAUGGAAAUUGCUCUUGUUUUUGUGUCCUUUACUGAUAAGUUAAUGAAGGCUACAGGGAUACAGCUGAUAUUAAAUAAGGAGACAGGCAAUUAGUACUCCAUUUAAUAUCAUGGUUGUUGGCCUGCAUUGAAUCUAUUACCUCAGUGGACAACGUGCAGUGUCAUGACUGGUGAUCUCUGAUUGAGGGCAAACAUGGAACCGCCGUGUUAAACUGACCUUGAAACUUACAUAUUGCAGACAAUUUUUAUUUGUAGAUAGAGGAGUGUAGAAUCACAUGUUCUAGUCUGUCCUUUUUACUGAUCUCAUUAAUUAGCUGUGAACCCUCAUUUUCAAACAGUGUUAAGUAACUAGUUGACAUGAGCAAAAUGGGCUUUAGUACAGACUAUACACUGUAAGGUAAUAUUGGCAAAACAACUAGAUAAUGCCUUCUUUGUCCACACAUAUUAGAUUUAAUUGUUGCCAACUAAAAUCCACAUCAUCCAGCAUUCAUUCUUGUUAUGGCAACUUUUGACAAAAAUUGUAGCAGAAGAGGCAGUGGCUGCAAUCUUUUUAUAGCUCCAUGUGGAAAAAAUAUAUCCUAUCAUUUAAAAAAGCUAGAACAUUGUGAAAGUCAGUAGAUCUGAUAGUCUUUAUGUAAGAUAGAAGUAGCCCGAGUGAUGGGUGGUGUCUGUAACGAGGAGUUGGGGGCAAUGUAUUGACAUACUUAUUCCAGCUGAAAAUCAGGCUUGCCCCGUUGUGGCACGGUAUAGGAUGGUACCACUACAUAGAGUCCACUAAGAACCAAACAGAUUGUAUUGAUAUGAUUUAGUAUAAUGCAGAGAUGUGUGCACAAAUUUGUAAAACCUUCAAAACUCCAUAAAACAAUCUCAGAUUUAUAUUAAACUUGGCUGCUUUGUUUGAAUGAUCUUGCAAAAAUGACAUGUAAGACUACAAAGACCAGUACAAAGAAUAAUUUUAUAACUGCAGUAUCCAGUGCAAGUUUUUUUAACUGAAAUUUGUGGUUUAAUUGUCAUUCUGUGUAUGAAUAAGUUGGAAAGGUAUACAGUGUGUUUGUAAAGAUAUGAUUUAACACUAUGCCAACAAUCGCCUGAUUUUCGAAUGUUGAUGGUGCUCUUUACAUUGUAACUAAAAGAAAGGCAUAGGGGGAAAGUGGUCAUUAGUUUAAAACAGUCAAAAGAUAUGACUUCUGUAGAUUGAGUUAUUUUCUGCCAAUAUGUAAUUGACCCUAAGGAAGGGGACACAUGACCAUUGUGGAUACUUUUUAGUGAGGAUGUGGGAUGGGUUUCUGUUUCCUUCCAUGCCAUCUCCACCUUAAAGGCAAAGAAUAAUAUUACAUGGUCUAAUCAGAUACACUUUCCUAGACAUCCGUGCAUAAUACUGUAAACUAUUUUCUAAGGUGCAACAUGAGCAAAGCUAUGAUGUCAUGGAGCCUUUGUGUUCCAUACUUCCUGCUUCACCCUCCUUUCCUGCACCAACACCCUCACAGAUUUGAAAACCUGGGUUGGGUGGGAGGGGCGAUUAAGUUCAUCUAAAUACUACUGAGGAAGACUAAAUAAAACAUGUUCAUUUACACACAAGUAGAAACCUGGACAGUACUCUAAAACAGUAAUUCUGCCUUUCAGAGCUCAGAAGCGAGUUAAGCAGAACUUUACAGGAUCUUGUUCAAGUUACAAGUUAAAUAGAACUGUUCACUUCUAUCGUAGUUGGCAAUUCAAAAAGGCAGUCCCGAUUGAACCCUGAUCAUCCUCCAAACAUGAAAAUGCAGACCAAUCGACUUGCCCUUUGAAGUCUUAUCUUUAACAGAAAAACAUUCUAUUAUAAUAUGUCGAAUUUCUAGCUCCAAAGACCUUGUGGGGCAACAAGAGCUCUUCUUUUAAGUGCUAAGACUGGGUGUCAAUAUUUGUUGCUGUACAAUUUUCAUUCUUUGUAAAUAUCUGCUCAAAUAUUUGAAUUGUACAGUGAUCUGAAGAAAUGCACUUUAGUGUUAAUCUUUGAAAAUCCCAACAGCAUUGUGUAAACUUUUUUUAAUGGAUUGGUUUUGAAGAAAAUCCAAUGACUUCUAAUGGAACUAUAUUGGUCAGCUUCGUGUUUACCACCUGCACUAGUGGCAUCAUUGUCACUGUUUUGAGAAUCUUUAUAUUUAUAUGUUAGGGAUUUGUUGAACCUUAAUAAACACAACUCUGCAUAAA